ACCUUCGCGAAUCGCUCGCGGCUACGUUCGGAAUCCGCGGCGUCCCUUUCACUGUUGGGGAUAUCCUCAUUAUAUAUACGAGCUUUCGAUCAGGAUACUCUUGGCAAUAGAUCGGCACUCGGUGCCGCAGUGUAAACGAAGCAAUCGGUAAAGCAACAUUCGCGAGCCGGCCUCCGCCGAGAUCGCUGAGAUGUGGAUCCGCAGCUUGCAAUGUUCUCUGGCAGUGUUUUUCGCAUGCGCGUUUCUCGCUGAUUCAGAUAGCGUAUCAGCUGGUGCAUACGUCGGUGCAUACGCUGGAACCGGUGCAUCUGCAUUAAGCAGUACCAGUGUGCUUGAAGACACAGAAAAUAUUUCUGGUGCUUACGAUAGACAUAAGGGAAUUCGUAGUUACGACAGCAGCGGUUUUCCCCACGACAAUGCUAACCGUGGUGUAAAAUCUUAUGGCACGCCUUCAGGACACGGCGCCAGUUAUGAUCAUGGAAUAAAAGGCGGAGGUCACGGCUAUAAUAAGAAUAAUGAUUGCUCUAAAUGCAAAUGGGAGAACGACGAUUACUGGGAACGGGAUGAGCCGGAGGAGGAGGGAGAUGAAAAUGAUGGGGAUGAAUGCGAUGAUGGUCAAUACAGACCACAUGAAGUGCAUCAUCAUGAUUCUAAUAGAGGACAUAAACCAGGAUCGCAUCCAUCUGGUGUGCAUAAGACUGGACCUACGGGUGUCUAUGAUGGGGAAGGCGGUAGCCCUGGCGGUCUUUUAGGCGGUAGCCCUGGUGGUCCUUUAGGCGGUAGCCCUGGUGAUCCUUUAGGGGGUAGCCCUGGAAGUCCUUUAAGCAGUAGCCCUGGCAGUCCUUCAGGCGGUAUCAACUAUCCGAGCAUAGGAUAUUCGAGGCCAAUCAGUGGCUAUGAAAGUACUCCAAAACCUGGAUUCAGCUGGAAUACUCCAUCCGCUGAUGCGUCAAAACCCGGAUACGGUAGCGUAACCGUGGGCGCUUUUGGAACAACACCGAGCUCUUGGCCAGACUGGAACCGAAGGACAACACCUAGUAGUUUUGGCUCUUCGCCGAAACCCGCUUGGGACAGUGGACACGACGGCAGAUUUCCUUCUUCACAGAGACCUGGUGCAUCUGUCCCAAACUUCGACGCAAUGACAAAAUCCGGACAAGGAUGGCCUACCAAUCAAUUUCCGAGCAGUUCUUCUUCCGCGAUACCACAUGCAGGAAGUGGCAUAUCUUCUCCAAGUUAUGGAAAUCCGCAGAAAAGUCAGAAUAGACCUUACGGACAACCUGGAACACAAAGCACAUAUACUGGCGCUUAUGCUGGAGCAAGCGUAACAUCUGGUGUUGGAAGUCCUUAUGGAACAACUUCUAGCUUUGGAAGGAAAGAUCAUCCAUUUGAUCUCCAUAAGCCAACAAAUACCCAGGCAUCACAAGGAUCAUAUGGAACAGAUCAAGCACCCUCUAGCAUUGAUAAUAACUAUUAUGGCCUAGGAGGUUAUAACAAACCCAGACCUGGUUCUUAUAGUACGCCCACAACUAUAAUAAAUACUAUCGGAACUACUAAAAGACCAUAUGAAGGAAUCGAUUCAUCUAAAACUGUUCCUGGACUCCAAACUGAUCCAUUUGCUCCUAGAAAAUCACCAGGAUCACCAAGCGGUGUUUAUGAACAUCCGGAUGUCACAAAACCGAGUUAUGGAAGUACUACCUCCUGGUUAGGUCAGACUGGAAGUAGUCCUUGGCGUGGUACAGGAACUACUCCUCAUAUUGGAUUUCCAACAUUAAAUACUGGAUUUGGAACAACUAAAACUCCAUUUAGUCACGUUAGUACCCCAAGUUCUACGUUAUCUGCUCCAUAUGACAGAACAGGACCGAAACAACCUAACUUUAAUAUUGCGAGUAGUAGCGCAAUUGCAAGUACUGGUGCAAGUGCGUUUGGAACAUUUCCUGGUACAUAUAACAUUCCCAGCAUAACUGGGACUACUUCAUUGUAUGGUACAACACCAGCGUACAGAGGAAGUUCAAGUUAUACUCCCGGGGUCAAAGGUUCUGUCGGAAGUACUAAACCUGCUUAUGGAACUAUUCCCCAUAGUACAUAUCCUAAUAUCGAAAGUAGUACCUGGCCUAGAGGACAGUCCGGUAGUGGCACUAGACCUUGGUCUAAUGGAAAACCUGGAGAUGGAAGUGGAAUUACGCCUGAUAGGCAUUCUCCAAGUAUUUUGCCUGCCAAGCAACCUCAAGGAAGUGGAACGUGGCCUUCCGGACAACCAGCAAGUGGAAGUGGAGCUUGGUCUAGUAGUAAGCAACCUGGAGAUGGAAGCAAGGCAUGGCCAGGCCAGAUACAAUCUGGACCUGGAAGUGGAUCUGGAUGCGGGCCAGGUGGAAAUUGUGAAGGUGCCACUGGUUUGCAAGAAAGUAGUAAUUGUGGAGGAUGUUGUGGGAAUUAUAAUUGCAACAGCAAUUGUAGUGGAAGAGAUAAUGUACCAGUACAGGGAUUGUGUGAUGGAAUAAUAGGUCCUAGUGGUGUUAAUAAAACAUAUUAUCCCGCUGGAACUGGCGAUGGAAAUGUUCCAAAUAUUGGAGCAGCAUAUGGACCGGAUUCACUUCAUAAUAUCGGAGCUGAUGCUAGACCAGUUUAUCCUGGAACGCAAGGUACAAGUAUAACACCAGAAAGUCCUGUGCCAUGGAAUUCAGCAAAUCCAUUUUUAUAUGGAACUGGAAGCAGUACUCCAAGCAGUAUUUCAGAUCCUUGGAUUGAAAAUGCAAAUAAUAAACCAAUUGGUCCAGGAAAUCCUUUUCUCGAUUCAAGUUGGAAUCGUCCUAAGCCUGGAUCAAGCAACUCAUACAAUGAUAGAAAUGUGAUUCCUCAUGAAGAAAACAUAAAGUCUGUUGGUCAAAAAAAUCUUUUUCUGAAUAAUGACAAUAGAAGGGGAGAUAACAAUGCUAAUCCUAAUGAAGGUGUAAAUCCGCUUGAAGAAAAGAUAUCAAAAGGAAAUAAUCCUUUCCUUACACCUUUGAUAGGUGGAAGUGAUGGUUCAAAUAGACCAUCAUACAAUAAAUAUCCAGAUAAAUUAGGAACACCAGAAAGUUUUCCUGGUUCAGGAACACCAGGAAAUUAUCCUGGAUCGGGAAUACCAGGAAAUUACCCUGGAUCAGGAACACCAGGAAAUUAUCCUGGCUCAGGAACACAAGGAAAUUAUUUUGGCUCAGGGACACUAGGAAAUCAUCCUGGAUCGGGAACACCAGGAAGUUAUCCUGGAUCGGGAAGCAAUUCUCAAGGUCCUAAUCCAAUACAAUGUAAGCUGGGUCUGUUUGGUUGUGGGGCACCUGGUAGUGGAAGUUACGCAGGUGGCAAACACUCAGGAGGAACAUUCGGCGGAAAUGUUGGAACCGGUACUGGAAAUCCAGGCAUUGAUAAUGUUCCUGGUGGGAAUCCCGGAAGUGGGGGAUUCGUUGUCGGCGCAGAUCAUCCAGGAGGGAAUAAUUUAGCAUCGUCCGUUAGCGGUGCUCAAGCGCGAGCUUACGCUGGAUCUUUCAGUUCUGCUCAAGCUUCCAGUUUUGCCGGCUCUUUUCCCAGCGCGUCAGGAUCCGCCAAUAAUUUUGGUAGAAAUUUGUCUCCUAAUGGAGCACAAAAUCAAGAUGGACUUAAUUCUUGGGCUUCCAGUGGUGCCUCUGCUUUUGCCAGUAGUAGUGCCGGAAGUUGGUCAGGAAAUCAUCCUAUCGACGUGAAAGGUUAACCAGUAAUCGAAAGACGAAUAUUAAAAUAUAAUAAAUACAGACGAUGACAUAAUUCUGAAAUAUAUUACAAUAUAUAUUUGAUGUCUCGUCACUUAAUCAUAAAAUACUUAACAUCUGUCAUGUAAAGCUUUAUGUAUAAAGAGAUUUUAUAUUUAUUUGACGUAUCGUUUAUUUAUUGUAAUCGAUAUGAGUGGAUAAAAUUUUUCCUUUGUACAUAUCUUAUUGUUAGUUAUCUGAUGAAAAAAUAAAUAGAUUUCUCAGAA